CAAUAUUGUUGUUCAUAAACGGAGGUUAAGAUUGAUGAAUCCAAUUUCUAUGAGAUCGGUGUGAGUUUCAUUCGUUCCAUUUUCGAUGUUUAGCGGUCCAUAUUGGUUGUAUAACGCAACUAAACUUCUUUAUCUCGAUAAUCUAGUUUUUUUUUUUAUUUACAACGUAACUAUUUUUAUUGAAAGGUUCAACAACUCAAAGGGGUAGUCCAUGGAGUUGCGGAGUGGGUAAAAGUCAAUUGCGACCAACGUGUGACUGACUGGUACCAAUGAGGAUGUUUGGGAGCCAACAAGGAAACCACAAAAAUGAUAGUUUCGAGAAGAAGUCAGCUAUGACCAACAAGGAUGUAGAUCAUAUUUACCGGAGACCAAACAUACCACUGAACUAACCAUAUUUUUACAAAAUUUGGGUUAAUUUCUUCCUUUUCCACAUCCUUAAUAUAUAUUCCCUUCCAGUCUAACAUACUUGUAUCAAAUAUAGAAUAUUAAGUACUAUAUUAUUGAAAAAUUGUAAAAAUAGGUAAUAACGAAAGAAAAGAUUAUGGAGCACUAACGAAGUAAGAUUGCAUGAAGAGAAAAGAAGAUACUUCUAUGUGUUAUAGCAAAUUUAAUCACUAUUUAUAGAUGUUGAUUUAAAUUUUAAUAUAAAAUUUUAUUUCAUACUAAUAUUUUAUGACAAAUGAAACUACCUUAUUGGCUAAUGAACAGAUGAUAGAGAAAUCACUCUACCUCAUUCUUUUGGAUAGGCGUCUCCCGUCUCAAGGAAUUGGGAAGAGAUACCUGAUCAUGGAUAAACAUGGUUUUAUGGAAAUUAAUUGUUACGGACAAUGCACGAAUCUGAGUGAGGUUGAGGGGAUCAGCGGCCAGGCAUUCGACUCUACCAAGAAGCACUGCAAUUAAUGGGUCUUCUAUUCUUGCGAGGAAGGAGGGAUUGUCCACUCCGAUCCAUUCCCGCCGGUGAAUCUCAGAGGGUGCGACUCAACCGCAUACUGGAGCUCGAUGAUACCACGCCAAUCCAUGUACGGAGCAAUGGUCGUAUUUACGACUCGUUGCUUCACAGUGAUCACAUCCUGACAAUGACGCGGAUUGUGUUCAAAUCUGAAGAGAGGGCUGACUCAUCGUACGAGCUGAUUGCAGAGGGAAUAACGGAGACCAAUAUCGACCGUUACUUCAACUUUGGUAGCUGGAUCGACUGGGAUAACAAAAUCUAUGAUAAAUUGCCGCCACGCCCUUCCAGCAUGGUGGAGCCGUCGGCCAUAUAUGAAAACAAUCUACCUUUGAGGAGUUCUCAACGCUCGAACAUAGUAGAACCAUCAGUAAAUGAAAAUGCUCAACCUUUAAUGAGUUCUGAACAUUCGAAUGUAAUUGAGCGAUCAGUCAUUAAUGUGAACAAUCCUUUAAGGGGUUCUCAAUAUUCGACCUUAGUGGUGACAUCAAUCACAAAUGAUAACAAUAUACCUUUAAGGAAUUCUCCACACCCAAACAUAAUGGAGCCAUCAGUCAUAAAUGACAACAAUCCUUUUUUAAGGAGUCCUCAACAUUUUCACAUGGUGGAACCAUCAGUUGUAAAUGAGAACAAUAUACCUUUAAGUUCUCAAAAUCAAAAUACAGUGGAGCCAUUAGUAAAUGAAAACAAUCUAAGGGAGGCUGGAGAUCCGGAGAAAAACGAGAAUAACUUCCAGCAACGGAACCGGAGGGAGAGGAUCAUCCGCGCAUUGAACUAUUUAAGAUUCCGACGGCUAUCGAAUACGUCGGUUGAGAGCCGAGAGAGCAGGGUUGAGAGGGACACGGUUAUUCCCUCAUCUGUUCUACUCCUUGUGUUGGCCUUCCUUAUGGUUGGAUCCAUGCGUUUUGUUUUGUACAAUCAAUUGUUUUUAUUUGGUUGAGGGCACGCAAUUAAUUAAAUUUGUUCAUCAUGUAAUAAUAGUACUCCUAAGAUUUGUGGGUUUGCGUUGGAUAAUCAUGUGGUACAAUUUGUGUGAAUGUAAUUUGUAAUAAUAGCGACGAAUAGCGUCAACGCAUGUUAUUUGGAUUUGGUUUGUUGGAUCUAUUUUUCACUACUACUCCCUCCGUCCCAAUAAAUAUGAAACAUUUGGUU